UACGGUACUCUACUCAUUUCUAUUCCAGAGUACAUGAUAACGAUGUAUGAUACGAAGACACAGGAGCUGAGGUGGAACGCCACGUACAACGACUACUCUGCCCCGCCGUACGAUGAGAAACACGACUACAAGAUGGCCCAUCUCGUCUCCAGUGGUGAUGGGUUGGUGGUGACCGUAGACAGAGAGUCAGGUGAUGUCCUGUGGAUGCAAAACUAUGGGUCACCUGUGGUGGGUGUGUACCUGUACAGCCAGGACUCUCUGAGACACGCCCCUCACCUGUCAGUUGCCAUGGAGACGCUGCGUUACCUCACCUUCUCGUCCCACGACACGCACACCAUGAAGUGGAGCUACCAGUUUGUCACGGAGCAGGCCAGCACACACACACAGCUGGUGCCCACUCUGUAUGUAGGGAAGCUGGACUCUCAUCUUUACGCCUCCACCUCCCUGGUUCACGACGGAGUCUCUCUAGUGCCGCGGGGCUUAACGCUGGCGCGUAUCGAGGGACCGGAGACCGAGGAGGUGACGGUCAGAGAGAAGGGAGAGUGUGAGAUCAUCCCGUCUACCGACAUACGAUACCCGCCAGGAUCUACCAACACACUGAACAACCAGUGGCUGCUCAUAGGACAUCACGAGUUACCCCCGGUAGCCCACACCACCAUGUUGAGAGACUUCCCGGUAAACCUGCAGCGUUCCGGUGACGCCGUUAUCCCGACCCGGUCUCAGAACAAACGCUACACAGACCAUCCUUUCCAGUCAGUAGGUCAUGGUGUUGAAGGGGGUCCUGGUGGUUCGGGUCCCAGCGGAAGCAGAAGGACCCGAGCGGGAUCAAGAUCAGGGUUGUCCUCUGUCCUGCCCGACUAUAUAUACCAGGACCCUGUUACCGUGGUGAUACUGUCUCUACUGCUGGGAGGAUGGCUUGCCUUCGCUCUGACUUAUCCACAGCAGCAGAAUGACCAGAGGCAGCAGUUGGACGAAGCGUUGGAAUCCCGCCUCCAUCACCUGCUAGACAUGCCCUCUCCUGCAGACACACUCCUUCCUCCACCAGACACCACACCCCUUUUCCCAGGCACCCCCUCUCCUGGAGCCCAGCCCCAGUCUGCAGACUCACAGCCGUCCUCCUCCCCUCCUCUCUCUGGCUCGCCCGGUAACAGUAGUGACGCUGUAGCCAGGAACGGAUCCGCUGGAACGCGACACACACACGAUGGAGGGAUAGAAGAGGUGGAGGUGGGGAAGAUCUCCUUCUGUCCAUCAGAGAUUCUGGGACAUGGAACAGAAGGAACCUUUGUCUUCCGGGGCCGUUUUGACGGCCGUCUGGUGGCUGUGAAGCGGAUCCUUCCAGAAUGUUUUGACGUUGCAGAGCGAGAGGUCCAGCUGCUCCGGGAGUCGGACCCGAACAUCCAAACGUCAUCAGAUACUACUGCACUGAGAGAGACAAACUAUUCACCUACAUCGCUAUAG